CAUCACGUGAUUCAUUGCACCACCAUAAGUCUGACUCUCAGCUCAAGAAAUCAAUGCAAAUCCCAACCCACCAUUCUUCUCUGUUCUCUGGAUUGACUUUUAGUUGUCAACAACAAAACAACGUAACUUCCAGAAUACAAACCCAAGUUUUGAAACCCAAAAUGCAGUAAUACAAUGGAUGAACCCCUUCUCUCCAAGAAACGAGGACUGGUGGCAGAAUCAUCAAGCAGGCCAUCGUCCCUAAGAGAACUUAACUCAGCCUAUAUUGAUCUUAUCACCAAUGAAGAGGUCAUUCAGAUAAUUACCACACCCAGGACGAGCCCUUCUUAUUUGAACCUCAUAGCCAACUUGAACAGAAGAAAGAAGAUCAUCCAUCGCUCACACUCUGCUCCAUCAGUUUUCACUAGUGUCAGAAAAGAUGGCCAUGAUUCCUUUGACCUCAGAAUCUCACAAAAAACAUCACCUACUAUAGUAACGCUAUCCUUUAUUGGUGUCAUCUUGUAUGUGGCAAUUGGGGUUUUAGUUUACUUAGUAAGUGGGAGUUUCAAGGGCAAAUCCACCUACAAGCCUGUGGAUGCUGUGUACUUCACAGUGGUAACUCUCUGCACAAUAGGGUAUGGUGAUAUUGUCCCUGACACAGCAUUCACCAAAAUCUUUACCUGUGGGUUCAUUCUGGUGGGUUUCGGAUUUGUCGGCAUUCUGCUAAAUGGCUUAGUCACCUACAUUUGUGAUAGACAAGAAGAAAUGUUGCUGAGUGCCAUGGAUGAGAAUCGAUUCAAUACACUCAUCAAAUCAUAUAUGAUAGACAAAGAGAAAGGAAGAAUGAGAAUAAGAACCAAAGUGUGUCUAGCUAUGGCAGUGGUUGUUUGCUGUGUUGCUAUAGGAACAAUUUGUGCUCGCUACCUUGAGAACUUGGAUUGGCUGGACUGUUUUUAUCUCUCUGUUACUUCUGUUACAACAGUGGGCUAUGGGGAUUAUGCUUUUGCCACUGAGAGUGGAAGGUGUUUUGCAUCAGUAUGGCUCUUGGUGAGCACAUUGGCAGUUGGCAGGGCCUUCCUUUACCUAACUGAAUACAGCAUUGACAAGAGAAAUCGUACUAUUGCAAAAUGGAUUCUUCACAAGAAGAUUACCUUGUCAGAUUUAGUGGCCGCUGACCUAGACAAUGAUGGAUCCAUCAGCAAGUCUGAAUUUGUCAUAUAUAAGCUUAAGGAGAUGGGGAAGAUAGCUGAGAAAGACAUUCAACAAAUAAGCAAACUCUUUGACUCAUUGGACAGUAGCCAAUGUGGCAAGAUUACUCUUGCUGACCUGAUGGAAACUGCGUGAUACAGAAGGCAACACUAUAAGAGAAAUAUUUUCCCAACCUUCAUCGCCUUGGCAACGGCUACUUGCUUUGGUCUUUAUUUUUCAUAUAAGAUGGUCCAGCAUUGCCAACCAUUUAUUGUCCACAAACUUGAUCAAGCAAAGGACUCUCAGAGGUCAGAAUUAAGUACCAGGAGAGACUGCAUGAUCCACACCUGAUGAUGUGGGGUCCUCAGGACAUUUCAGGUGGUCGGGCGUAGAGGAAAUCUAGGACAUGAUUGAUUCUAUCACAUUUAGCAACAAGUCUAGAAAAGUUAGUUUGGAAAAUUUUAAGUGGCAAACCCACUUUCAGUAAUAAUUCAAGCAGAUAACCCAUAAGUUAAGAAGUUCAGCAUACAUUACCACUACAGUGGAAUUAGAUAUUCAACCAGGGAAUUACAAUAUCACCAGAACUAGCACAUUAUUGUUUUAUCACAAGAUGGUCAAGAAAUAUGUUAACUAUUUGUUAACUGUACUCACGAGCAUGUACCGCUAGAAUCAACACAGUGUACAAGAAUUGAUAAUUAGAUUUU